AUGUUGGACAGUUUAUUUGACGAUGUGAAACGCAUGAAUAAACGCCAGUUUAUUUAUCAAGUACUUAGUUUUGGCAUGAUAGUUUCGUCAGCGCUAAUGAUAUGGAAAGGUCUAAUGGUUGUUACGGGCAGUGAAAGCCCUAUUGUGGUUGUGCUGUCUGGAAGCAUGGAGCCUGCAUUUCACAGAGGAGAUUUAUUGUUCCUUACUAAUUAUCCAGAAGAACCAGUUCGAGUUGGUGAAAUUGUAGUGUUCAAGGUGGAAGGGCGUGACAUUCCUAUUGUACAUAGAGUGUUAAAAUUGCACGAGAAAAAUAAUGGCACAGUUAAGUUUCUGACUAAAGGAGAUAACAAUAGUGUGGAUGAUAGAGGGUUAUACGCUCAGGGUCAGUUAUGGUUGACAAAGAAAGAUGUUGUUGGUAGAGCUAGAGGAUUUCUACCUUAUGUUGGAAUGGUCACAAUAUAUAUGAAUGAGUAUCCUAAGUUUAAGUUUGCAGUGCUAGCUUGCCUAGCAGUGUAUGUUCUUGUGCACAGAGAGUGA